AUGGAACCGAUUACAGUCACUGAAGAAGAGGUGCUUAACAUAAUGCAGAAUCUAAAACUUCAUAAAGCCGUAGCUGGAGGAAUAACAUCGAGAAUAGCUAAGGAAUUAGCUGCUGUUCUUGCUCCUCUGCUAACUCAUAUUACCAACGGCACGCUCGGACAACCUAUCUUUCCGAAGUCCUUAAAAAUGGGGCUGCUACUUCCGGUAUUCAAAAAGGAGAUACAGCGACAUUACCGCGAACGACAUUACCGCGAGACAAUACCGCGAACGACAUUACCGCGAGCGACAUUACCGCGAACGACAUUACCGCGAAUACCAAAAACGAUAUUACCGCGAAUACAGAGAACGACAUUACCGCGAAGACUUGUUUGUUGGAAAAGCCGAAUAAAUGAGGCCAGUUUUGUAUUUUGUACAUCAUGUCUUCAAACUUAA